ACUCAGAGGAGCGCGGAGAGAGCGGAGCGUUGGCGGAGGGAGCGCAUAGCGGAGCGCACAGCAACGGAGCAGCGGAGCGCACAGGAGCGGAGCAGCGGAGCGCAGAGCGGAGCGCAGAGCAGCGGAGCCAUGGGAAAGCUUCAAGAAUUUGACAUCACUUUUGCCAACAACAAGGUGGUUUACGGUCCGGGAGAGUCCAUCAGCGGCAGCGUGAACAUACGGACGGGCAACGGGCUGCACUACAAAUCCAUCAAGGUGAACUGCCAGGGCUCGUGUGGGAUCUCCAACAAAGUGAACGACGCCACAUGGGCUCUGGAGGAGCAGUACUUCAACAGCACGCUGUCCGUCGCUGACAAAGGAACCCUGGCGGCGGGCGAGCACAGUUUCCCCUUCCAGUUUCUCAUUCCAGUCGCCGUGCCGACCUCCUUCGAGGGACCCUUCGGGAAGAUCGUUUACCGCGUGAGGGCGGACAUCGACACGCCGCGCUUCUCCAAGGACCACAAAGCCCUCCGGCCCUUCUACCUGCUCAACAUGCUCAACCUCAACGAGGUUCCUGCCAUCGACCAUCCGAGUUACGCCGUGACCACGAAGAAGUUCAGCUACCUGCUGGUGAAGACGGGGACCCUGAUGCUGAAGGCUCGCAGUGACCUGAGGGGUUACAUCCCCGGGCAGGUCAUCAAGUUGGCCGCGGAGAUCCACAACAAGUCUGGAAAGGACACGGGAUGCGUGCUGGCCAGUCUCAUACAGAAAGUGACGUACAAGACCAAGCGGCCCGUGUUUGACCUGCGCACCAUCGCGGAGGUGGAGGGCGCCGGCGUGAAGGCGGGCAAACACGCAGAGUGGAGGGAGCAGAUCAUCGUCCCUCCUCUUCCUCAGUCAGAACUGGCCGGCUGCAGCCUCAUAGACAUCAGCUAUUUCAUCCAGGUGUCACUAAAGUCUCCGGACGCCGUCGUCACGCUGCCCAUCUGCAUCGGGAACAUCGCCGUGAACAUGUCUCCGUCGAGGCCCAGGCUCUCCGCUCCAACGGGCGCACCCGGCGCGGCGGGCGUGACGCCCAGCGCUCCGCCGGCGGAGGAGGGGGAGGAGCCAGAGGAGGGCAUGUGUGCGGGCGGCGUGGCCAGCGAGGAGAUCCCCACCAAGAGCCACUCCCAGCAGGACCCCUUCGGGCAGCCGGUCAGCAUGUCGCCGGGCGCCGCCCUUCCUCCCGGGCACGGCCGGCCCGACGCCUCCACGCCCAUGUUCUGCGUGUCCACGGGGGCCACCAUACCUUUCUUCACCGAGGGGAACGUGACUCCCGUCCCCACUUCCUGUUCUCUCAUCCUCCCUCCGGAGUACAGCAGCUGCGACUACCCUCACGAGCCCCCGCCCACUUACGAGGAAAGCUGCAGUAACGCCAACUCCAGUUUCAACAGUAUACAGUGAAGAAGAAGAAGCAGGUGAUGAAGCAUCACGGCCACGCCCACCCACACCUGUCUGCACUCGACAAUCACGACCAAUCAGUACAGAGACACGACAGGUCACAGAGGAACGGAUGAUAACUCGAUUACCCCCACGAACGCCCCCAAAGAUUGUUUUCAUUGUAACAAAAAAACAGAAAAGUAAAAAGGGAUCAUAUCUUAUAUUGAAUAUAAGUUUAAUUUCUCGUGUCUCAUCAGGUAGAGUCCGGCUGAACAUCACUGUGCCUAAAAAGAAGUGCAGCGUUUCCAUUAGUCAGUGAUUGGACGUGUUUCUUUCAUGGGGGCGGAGCUAAAUCUGUUUUGUCUUUCAAAUGAACCUUUUUGCAUCUGUGAUGCCUUGACAAUGAUGACGGUCUCCCGAAGGCUCAUGUUUGAAGAGAUCCAUCGCUGGCCUUUUGUUUUUUGGAAGUCUUGUUCCGAUUGUCCGUUUGUGUGUCGGUUGUCAUCAUUGUCCUCAUCAUCAUCAUCAUCCUCAGCAGCAGAAGCACCAGAGAUGUCUCCAUGCUGGACGUCUAAACGAGGCUGUGGUGCGUCUAGUUUAAGUAGUUAACUCCCCCGUGUGCAGGAUGUUCUGUGAUGCAUCUUAAUAACACCACGAGAAGAGGUCCACUGGGUUGAAUGCGGCACACAUCGGCGUUGAAAACAGAAAAGGGUCUCAGCAACACCACUCAGUUGUGCAACGUCAAACAGAAACACAACAACAGCAACAACAACAAAAUGACUUGAAUCCAGUCACAAUAGAAGCUGCCUAUGUUCUCGCAUAUGAAAGUGAAAGACAUAGAAAAGCAUGUGCACUGAUCUCUUUUUGGAAAAAGAUUUGUUUUGUGAGAUAUAAAUAAAAAGUACAAAAAUAUCUCUAUAAUAAAUAAUAAAAUAUAUAUAGAUAUUUUUGUAUUAUUAUUUUAAUAUAAUAUAUAUGUAUAUAAUAAAAUAUUUAUAGAUAUUUUUGGAUUAUUAUAAUAUAUAAUUUAUAUUAAAAUAAAUUAUAUAUUAUAAUAAUAAUACAUAAAUAUCUAUAUAUAUUUUAUUUAAAUGUUUUUGAUUAAUAUAUAUAUCUAUCUAUAUAUCUUUAUCUUUGAACUGCCAUUAUGUGCUGUUGCCUCAUACAGCUGAGAGGUUUAGCUUUGACAUCAGUUUUAUUUUCAGAGGACAGUUUUAUCUGCAGUCGCGGUUCGUUUCUCCUGCAGCUGCAGGUGACUGCCCCCUGGUGGCCGUCUCUGGUGGUACACUCAGCUCGCAGAUGGAGCUGAACAUAAUAAAUCAGCCAUUGCAAACAGAGCUGCUUUACGGAGUCUCUCCUUCUGUGAUGCACCAAGUGCAAGUGGGUUGUUUUGUUGGACUGCUGUCCUGGAAGUGUGUGUGUGACUAAUGAUGGGUGCGUCUUAUGUUACCACUUUCUUAUAGUACAUUCUCAAAGUUCAUCCUCUGAAUUCAGAAGGCAAAAAGAAAAAAUCACCUAGUGCCCCGAUCAUGUUUUUUCUUCUUCUCCAGAAUAUUUGUAUUUAUUUAAUUAUUUCAGGGCCGGGAUUGUCCACGAAACAGCGAGGCCGCUGGACCGUGGACCUGUUGUUAGUCUCGUUUUGAGAAAAUAUGUGCAAUUCCUCUCUUAUUUCCAAGAAUGCUGCAGCACCAACUCCCUGAAAUCAUUUCGCGCUGCCUUUUAUUGAUCAAGAUUUGGUUUGAUUCCUCUCCACGAAAAGGUACGAUGGCUUUAUGAAGCUCCAAUUGUUGUUUUAUUUUUAGUAUCUUUCAUUCUUUUCCCCCUCACAUAUUGAUGAGUGGCGUCUGGUUUUGUAUUUUUCUACUUGUUAAACUGUUUACAGGUUUGUAUGCAGAUACAGAAAGUAGCACCUCAAUCAGUAAAUGUAUUUCAGCACGCAGUGCGGAAUCAGUUGUACUGUACUUAGUAUAACAAUAAAGAGAAAUGAUGUGUU